CAGCAAUAUAGAAUACUUUUUGCAAUUUCAAUACAUGGCGUGAUUGCUGUUCCAUUCCCCAUUGGCAGCACUGUGUUUUGGCGUUUCAUUGACAGCUGAUUGGCAGAUUUCUUAGCUCAAAAUUUAACCAAAAUUUUUGUGAAAUGUCUUUACCAAUUGGUCUUGUUUCACACACAAACAAAGUGAAAAGCUUGUAUAAGCAAGCCUUGCGAUGUCUCGAGGCUUGGUAUGACCGAAGAGAAGUGUACAGAUAUCAUGCCGUUUUGAUGAGAAACCGCUUCGACUUAAAUAAAGACAUUAAAGAUAUGAGAAUUGCUAAAGAAUUAAUCGCACAAGGCGAGGAGGAAUUGUUUCAAAAACAGCACUGGUUGCCUAGAAAAUUCCCCCAUUCUCCCGGCGGUGUUGCCUAUGGUCGUGAGGUGAUUCCCCCUGAUUGGAUUAUCGAUCACUGGCACCCUUUGGAAAAGGCACAGUACCCUGAAUAUUUUGCGAGACGGGAGCAAAGGAAACGGGAGUACGUGAAACUGUGGGAAAAGAAAUUCGGUAAAAGCGAGGCUUUACCGCAUUAAAACAAAAUUCAUUGUGUAGACAUUUAUUGAGAUGCAGUGUAAUAAAUAGUGAAACUUGAAAUAAACUUUCGUAACAGA